UUUUAUUCUCCAGUACUAUAUUUGGCAUGUGAGGAACCUGAAUGUAUUUUUGUCGUGUGCUAAAUGUGAGGUUAAGUGCAUGAACAUUAAAAGUUCACCAAUAUUAAAAUGUGUCGAAGUGUAUAUUUUUGCAAAAUAAAAAAGUUUGUCAUGAAUCAAAUCUUAAAUUCGGUUACCUGCGCAGGGUCAUUAAAUAUGACUUCAAUGGAAUCCAAAAAACAAUUGAUUUGUUAAUGCCGGUGCAAGAAUGGAUUCGAAACACUUCUGCUUGCUACUAGUUUUUUUACUAGAUAUGCUCGAUUUAGUGAGAAAUAAUGAUGUUUGCAAUGAAAAAAGUGUGUCUGAAAGUAUACCAGUAUUUAUAUUGCACGCGGAAAAGCAAGAAAGUAUAUCACUUCAACGAUGUGUGGAACAAAGGUUGGAGUUUUCAUUACAAGCAGAUUCAUCGCUUUCCUUCACAAUCACACCCUGCACAUCUAAUAUUGCGUGGAGUGUCGAAUACAGAAAUUCAAGUCAGUAUGGUACACACGAUGUGUUACACGAGAAUACGACACGGCACAGCGACAGCCUCGUCCGGUCGCGCGCCCCACGCGGCCUGUACACGGUUCGGGUGAAAGCUCUCGAAAGCGCGACGCGAGUGCUUGUCUACACGACCGUGCGGGACGGAGGACCGCCGUGGUUGCAAGCGCGCCCCGCAGCCGUCACACUCAGGAUGAAGCGUGGUGGCAAGCGCAGAGGUAUCAGAGUUAGGUGGAACGCCAGUAACUAUAAUCCAUAUGCUUCUCAUUAUUGGCUGGUCGUGAAUUCGGAACGCAGUUCACCUACUCUAUGCCUCACGCAAGAUGACCGCUUGCUCGGUGGUAGAAACACAACAGUACCGACGACCGCACUUAAGAGGAAAGGUCAACGUAAUAAGGUCGGACGAUUAGGAAGAAGGAGCAAAUCAAUCUUAUCCCACAAUAAACCUCAAGUAUUAGUAUUAAGUCUUGGAAAUCAAACAAAAUAUGAUCUACCUUACAUACCCAAUCCAGGUCAACGAUACUACUUCGACGUAUUCGCACACGAUGCAGUGCACGAUGUGAUGUACCGCUACGGUGGUGUAGAUCGCAGCUUCGAACGACCACGACCUCAAACUUUACACGAUGGCAAAAAUGUUAUUAUAAGGACGAAAAAAGUUGACGGGCCGCUUGUUUUUCGAUAUAAGGUUCCUCGAGCAGCAAAAGAAGGUUCUCACAUAGCCAUGCGUUUGUCUUCCUGUGGCUGUUGCACGCGGGUGACCGUGCAAAGACAAGGAACUGAGGGCGGAAAGGCCAAGCGUCACGUGUUUACCGUCGACGCGCACAGGGCGGCCAGAAUCCACUCUGUCAAACCCGGACAGAGGUACACCAUUCGAGUCGCAUUCGAUCCGAAAGUAUUACGAAAUGAGAUAUGGCUGUCUAGUUUAGGAAAACUAUCACCAUUGCCAGAUAUGCCUGAAACACAAGACGUGCGUGAAUUUCCAGAGUUGCGAACGUGUAGUAAUGUCACUAUUCGCUGGUUGCCGAGCCCUGACUCGCGACCCUGCACUUAUUGUGUAUUAAUUGUCGAAUCUCCUAAAACUAGUUAUGACAUGCCUUUAAAUCCGAAUCAAUGUCAGCUAAAUCAGAGUUUUACAAGGAAAGCCAGAUUUGCCGCAAAAUAUUGCACAAUAGAAACCAAUAGGACAACAGCGAUGGUAAGGUCAAUACCACAUCUAGAAAAUGGAAAAUUAUUCACUAUACAGGUGACUGCUCAAAUAGGCAAUGGUCGUAUAUUGGCCUAUAAGCUUCUCAGAGUCCAAACUGCCGCCAAAUGCCAUACACAAGAGUCAACUUGGAAUUAAAUUUAUAUAAGUCACUAAAAAUUGUACAAAUAUUUAUUUAUUAUAUAAGAAUACUUUUUACCAUACAAUGUUGAAUAAGUAAAAUUAUUUUAUUACGAAAUUUUUAUACG